UCCCCCCUCCCCGGCUGCCCGGCCGGCCGCCUCCGUCCCAACCCCGCCGUCGCCGGAAACGACCAAACUUUCAGCAGGUAUCUUCCAUUUCUUUCUUUUUUCUCAAAACCGUCUUCGAUACGACCGAAGCUGUCACCUCAACUCCCUCCCCAACCCGUCUGAUCCAAUCUGCUUGGAUUCUUGCCAGUGCCCCGGAUGGAUCUCCUCGCGGGCGCCACCCAGCCGCAGUGGCUCCUCGCGGGCGGGGCGCUGCUGCUCGCCACGCUCGCCUUCCUCAGGCUCCUCCUCGGCGCCGGCGCCGGCAAGCGCGCGCCGCCCACGAUCCCGGCGGCGCCCGUCGUCGGCGGGCUGCUGCGGUUCCUCAAGGGCCCGAUCCCGCUCAUCCGGGCCGAGUACGCGCGCCUCGGCCCCGUCUUCACUGUCCCCAUCCUCACCCGCCGGAUCACCUUCCUCAUCGGGCCCGAGGUCUCGGGCCACUUCUUCAAGGGCAACGAGGCCGAGAUGAGCCAGCAGGAGGUCUACCGCUUCAACGUCCCCACCUUCGGCCCGGGGGUCGUCUUCGACGUCGACUACCUCGUCAGGCAGGAGCAGUUCAGGUUCUUCACUGAGGCGCUCAAGUCCACCAAGCUCCGCAGCUACGUCGACAUGAUGGUUGCGGAGGCUGAGGAGUACUUUUCGAAGUGGGGAGAAAGCGGCACCGUGGAUUUGAAGUAUGAGUUGGAGCACCUCAUCAUACUGACUGCUAGCCGAUGCUUGUUGGGAAGGGAAGUGCGAGAAAAGUUAUUUGAUGAUGUUUCCGCUCUCUUCCAUGAUCUCGACAAUGGGAUGAUCCCAAUCAGUGUCAUCUUCCCCUACCUCCCAAUACCCGCGCACCGCAAACGUGACCAAGCACGGGCACGUUUGGCAGAAAUCUUCUCCACUAUCAUCAAAUCCCGCAAGGCCUCUGGACAGUCUGAGGAAGACAUGCUGCAGUGCUUCAUUGAUUCCAAGUACAAGAACGGUCGCUCCACCACAGAAACUGAGGUGACCGGGCUGCUCAUCGCGGCGCUAUUUGCUGGACAGCAUACUAGCUCUAUCACCUCAACCUGGACCGGGGCCUACCUACUCAAGUUCCAGCAGUACUUUGCAGAGGCUGUAGAGGAGCAGAAGCGGGUCAUGAAGAGGCACGGUGACAAGAUUGAUCAUGACAUCUUGGCGGAGAUGGAUGUCCUCUACCGGUGCAUCAAGGAGGCACUCCGGCUGCACCCACCGCUGAUCAUGCUGCUUCGCCAGUCACACAUUGACUUCAGUGUGACCACGAGGGAAGGCAAAGAGUAUGAUAUCCCCAAGGGCCACAUCGUCGCGACAUCUCCUGCUUUUGCUAACAGGCUCCCUCAUAUCUUCAAGAACCCAGACUCGUACGACCCCGACCGUUUUGCACCUGGGAGGGAAGAGGACAAGGCCGCGGGUGCCUUCUCGUACAUCGCCUUUGGGGGUGGCAGGCACGGGUGCCUUGGCGAGCCCUUCGCGUACCUGCAGAUCAAGGCGAUAUGGACUCACCUGCUGAGGAACUUUGAGUUCGAGCUGGUCUCGCCGUUCCCUGAGAGCGACUGGAAUGCGAUGGUCGUCGGCAUCAAGGACAAGGUGAUGGUCAACUACAAGCGGCGGAAGCUCGUCGUCGACAACUAGCAUGGGCGUCUCAUAGGAUGUUUGCUUAUGUUCCUUUUAAAUUUUGUUUGUCUGCACGCCAACUUGUAGGGUAUCUUCUUCACCAUUGUUUAGGAUUCUGCUAUUUGCUUCCAGUGGUUUAGACGUGUAGCAUCUAAGUGUUUAUUUCUCUCACCUUUCAUCCUUGAUCUUAGACGGGUUCAGGCAUAAAAUGUGAACAAACGGCCGUAUGUAUAAGGAACACACCAACUAUGACUGAGUUCAUUGAUAAUGCAGUUCUUGCUUUUCCUCCCUGAAA